AUGUUUGCAGCUAUCGCAUCGGGAAACCCUAUCCAAUUAUCUGUUGAAGUUCCCAAUUCCAAUGGGCUACAGCAUACCAUUGUGCUAUCCUCGACGAAACCAAAGUUAUAUUCACACAUAUCCUUAUUUGUACUUCCGAAUGUUACAUUUCCUGCAAACUAUAUUGCUACUGUCUACUUCAAACUAAAUCCAAAUGAGGAAUUCAAGUUAUUUGGUUAUUUAGACGUUGAGAAACCAAGUGCUAUCUUUAAGGUGAAACUGCCCAACAGCGGUCAUACUCCAGCUCCGGUUGGAGAUGGAUUGGGAGAAAUUGACAUGGACACAGAAGAAGCACCAUCACUUGGUACCACAAGCAACAUAUCAGAAUUAAUUAUUGGUAUUUCCAUCGAGCCCAGAGAUAUAGGUUUACCUAGAUUAGAAGAAUGGAAGGCCGAGCGUAGUGCUUCUGCGAAUAGUUCAUCUUUGAUUGUUGCAAGAUCUGGAGCAGCAAGAGGUAUUAACACGGUUGGUCAAUUGGCUUCUGUGUACCCUAUUCUAACGCAGGAUCUAGCAGCUAAAAUAGUUCAACAUGCUUAUAAUUAUCUAUCAGGGUUUUUAGAUAUGAACGGUAAUGUAUCCAUCAAAAGAUUUGAUACAUGGUGGGAUAAAUUUAAGAACAGACUCGCGAACGACGGAUCGUUCUUAGAUGAAGUUACUAGUAAUUAA